GUCAAAUUAACUCUGUCAUGUUCUGUUUUGCUUUGUAAAAUAAAAUUAACUAAAUAUUGUUAUGAAUAAUUUCAAUAAAAUAAAUCUUUUGAUCUUUUCUUUCUUUUUGAAUGUUAACAAAUAGUGCCGUUUAUAUAUUUUUAUUGGCGUGAUAAAAGCAUAACUUAAGUACUAUUAGGUUUAUUUAAAGCAAGAAAUUAGAAGAUAUUUCUUAUUUUGUAAUUAUAACAAAAAUUAACAAUAAUGCACGAGGCGUAUGAGGUAACUCACCUGCUUAAUGCAUCUGUUCAAAUAGAAACUAUAGCUGCAUAUGAUGGAAAUCUCUUCUUGGGAACACGACAAGGGCAUCUUUUGAUGUACUCAUUAUCAGUAAAUAAUGAUAAUAAAAAGUAUGAACUAAAAAUGCUCCGUUACUGUAAAAACUUUAGUAAAAAACCAAUACAACAAAUUGAAAUUAUACCAGAGGACAAAUUAUUACUGUGUCUAACAGAUAAUUUGCUUUCAUCUUAUGAUAUAAAUGGUGUCAAUUUUCCCUUAGUCAAGACAUUUUCAGAUACUAAAGGAGCUUCUUUAUUUGCACUUGAUAACAAGUCAGCAACAUCAAUGACCGGUGAAUCUAAUUCAGUUGUUCACUUAUGUGUGGCUGUGAGAAGGAAAUUGCAACUAUACUAUGGAAAGAAUGGAGAGUUUAAAAAACACCUGUUUGACUUUACAAUACCAGAUGUACCUAAGGUGAUGGCUUGGGGCCAGCAGUAUCUGUGUGUAGGGUUUAAAGGCGAAUAUACAUUUUUUGAUCUAUCAUCACAUAAUCCAAAAGAACUUUUUCCAACAAGUAGUUCCAAAUCCCUAGAGCCUACUAUAGCCAAAUAUACGGAGACAUCAUUCCUUCUGGGCAGAGACAAUACUUCUGUUCUUGUAGAGGAAGCAAAGGAGGAAGCUAUAGAAAUAAAGAAAACCAUAAAGUGGACUGAUGCUCCUAUUGCUGUUGUAUGGGAUGAACCAUUUAUCCUGGGUUUGCUACAAGACAAUGUGGUUGUUCAGACUGUUGAGCCGGCUUUAUUUAUUCAAACAUUGCCCGAUUUGAAUAAGGCCAGACUGAUGUAUCGAUAUAAGCGUGGUUUAAUAUUUGUGUCUUCGGUGGGACAAGUCUGGUGUUUGAGCGCCGUGGAUGUAACCGUACAGAGACAGCAACUACUCAAGGACAAACACUUUCAGAUAGCCAUAGAUUUAACGAAUUUAUCCGAAUGUUCACCAGAAGAAAAGAAGCAAACUAUACAUUCCAUUCAAAUGCUAUUCGCCCUUGAGCUAUUCGACAAUAAAGAAUAUUCACGAUCAAUGAAAGAAUUCAUCAAAUUAAACACAGACCCAGCGGACGUAAUAAAACUGUUUCCCGAGUUAGAUAAUAAGUCUGGAUCGGAAACCAAAGAGAAGAAAUUAAAGGGGAAAGAUCUCGAAAACGCAUUGAACGCGUUGAUAGAAUAUUUAGUGGAGUUAAGGUCGAGGAUAGGCAAGAAUUCAGACGCAAGCGGCAGUAAAGACGAGACUUCUAGUCAACGGAAUGUCGCUCAGCAGUUGGAGCUGAUCGAUACUACGCUGUUGAAAUGUUAUUUACAGACAAACGACGCGUUCGUUGCUCCCUUAUUGCGUCUAAAUAAUUGUCGUUUAGAAGAAGCAGAGAAGACAUUGCUCCAGCACGGGAAACAUUCGGAACUCAUUAUAUUGUACCAGACUAAGGGACAGCAUACAAAGGCGUUACAAUUACUGCGCGAACAGGCUAAGCAACCGGAUUCUAGCUUAAAAGGAUAUCAUAGGACUAAGAACUAUUUGCAACAUUUAGGCGCCGAGCAUAUCAAUUUAAUAUUCAAAUUCUCCGACUGGAUAUUAAAAGAGCAUCCAGAAGAAGGUUUAAAAAUAUUCACCGAAGACAUCGUCGAAGUGGAAAAUUUACCCCGACCGAGAGUUCUAGACUUUUUGCUUCGAGAACACGAACCACUGGUGAUACCAUAUCUAGAACAUGUUAUACACACGUGGAAUGACACAAAUGCCCUAUUCCACGACGCCUUAAUAAGUAUGUAUAGAGAGAAAAUCACGGAUAAAAAAGCCAAUUCGACCGAAGAGGAAUUGCAGCAUAUAAAAGCGAAAUUAGUGGCGUUUUUGGAGAAAUCGUUCAAUUACACACCUGAGAGGGUUAUAUUACACUUCCCUAAUGAUACAUUGUUCGAAGAGAGAGCCAUUAUACUGGGAAAGCUCGGGAGGCAUGAGCAGGCGUUGGCUAUUUAUGUGCAAAUACUUGGCGACGUGGAGCGAGCAAUUCGUUACUGUGAUAAUGUAUGGGAGAGAUCUAACGAUAAGAAUUUAGACGUAUAUGUUAUACUAAUGAGGAUAUUAAUGAACCCCGAUCAAGCUACGCCACUGACCGGUCCACUGGCCAAUGUAGCUAGACACCCGAAUGCGUCCGUUCCCGACCUGGAGACAGCUCUUGGUAUAUUGGAAAAGCAUGCUGAUAAAAUAUCUCCUAUUAAGGCAUUGUCAGUAUUACCCGACGGAGUGCCUUUAGGCAGACUAAAGAGUUUCUUAGAGAGCGCUCUAGACAGCCAGCUCACGUUAAAGCGAAGGACACAAGUACUCAAAGGAUUGUUGUAUGCUGAACAUACACAGGUACAUGAAAUGAAACAAUUCCACGAGUCGAAGAGCAUAGUUAUCAAUGACUACAAUGUGUGUCCGGUUUGUAAGAAGCGAUUCGGAAACCAAAGCGCCUUCGUACGCUAUCCCAAUGGAGAUAUUGUGCACUACUCCUGUAGACUUGAUAAAUAAUAUCGUUUUAUAUCGAAUUUUGUAUUUAGAUAAAUAGGAAAAAAUAUGAACGUGUCUUUUUCAGGCAUUAAUUCGCUAUAAUACUUGAUAAAUCGUUUGAAUCGGUUCGUAAUUGACAAUACUUUUUACGGAGAAAUAAAUACAUUUAAGUUAAAUGAGCGUGUUCGCAAAUUCCAUUAUGUAAAAUACAAUAAUCAUUAAAUUUUGAGUCUUAGAUUCUUUUGAUUGAGUCUUAUUUAUAUUGUAACAUUUUUAAGUACUGGCAACAUAGGGAAUUGACCAAAUACAACAUGAGAUCCUGUUAUAUUUGGGCCACUUUUCCUGUUUUGAUAUUUUAUCUACUAAAGUAAUUAAUCUAUGUAUCUUAGCGAACAAAUUUGAAAAAGUGUAAAAUAGUAAACACAUAAUUUAGUCAUCCUUCACACACUUGUUGUAGACUACUGUUUUGUAAUAAUUAGGGAAAUCUUUUCUUUAUUUCGCAUUGAGGAAGCCAAAUAAUUAAAAACGUUAGGAGUAACGUGCAUGUGUCGCAGUCAAUCAAAAAUAUACAGCUCAUAAAUUUCUCAUAGGGUUAAUUGAUACGUUUUUAU